AUGGCUCUACUGUAUAACAAGAGUCAUUUAGAAGCUGCAACUGUUUAUGCUCUGCUAGUCAGUCUUUUAGUGGCCAUUGGCAUUCUACCAUGGAAACGGCUUUUUUCAGGCAAUGCAAACAAUGCAUUUUUGCGAUUAUGCAACACAUGCUCGCUAUCGACUAUGCCUGUAUGGCCAUACUAUAGUUUGCCAGAUAUAGUGUUGGUGGUGGUCUAUAUUGUUAUUACUGCUCUGUUUUCCGUUACAACUAUCAGUACAUUGGAUGACAUUGAUUUUCCUCGAUUUGGAUAUCUGGCUCUUGCUAACCUAUCAGUACUGACUCUGCUGCCACUUCGCAACUCUCCUCUGAGUGCUAUUUUGGGAAUUUCCUAUGAAAGAUGCUUGCUGUUUCAUGCCCUGCUUGGGGUUGUUGCAUGUUUAUGUUCUCUGUUCCAUGGAUCAUUGUAUCUAUACAUGUGGGGUUCGGCUUCUUUUCUAGUCGAGUCAAUCAACUCUCGAGCUAUGAUCCCAUAUGGUUUAGCAGCAGGGAGUUUAUUUGGACUAGUAUUCUUGACCAGUGCCAUUCCGCUAGUUCGUCGUAUUUCAUUUGAGUUGUUCUACUGGAUCCAUAUUUUGAGCUAUCCUACAGUCUUGGUUUUGCUCUACUUUCAUACUGCUCAAAGUCCACAGUUUUUUAUACCCGGAGCUGUUCUGUAUGGACUUGAUCGGAUUUUACGAAUUGUACGAGCACUUCGACCAGCCAACAUUGUGGAUUCGUGUGCUGUCGAUAAUGAUAUGAUCCGCCUGACACUCUUUCAGCCAUCGUUUUUAGGAAAGAUGGAAAAGGCAAGGGCUGGACAGUUUGUGUUUAUCAAGAUUCCAGAUAUAACUCCAUAUGAGUGGCAUCCGUUCAGUAUAAUCUCGCCCGAGAUUGAUUUUGCAGCUAAAAAUCAGCAGGAAACUGCACAGUCGAUUGAACUUUUGGAGGCCAACAGUGAGAUAGGCUCACGGUUGUCCGAUGAUUCUACACCGUCACAGCGAGAAACUCUCAAGCCAGAGUUGUGUGAGCUUGCUAUUCGAAAAAAAGGGUUUUUCACCAAAGAGUUGCAUCAGUUCAUUAGUAGUAGGAGAGCAUUGAGUGUGUUUGUAGAUGGACCAUAUGGACGAGCGUUUGAUGGGGUCAUGGAUCGAGAUACGGUUUUACUUGUUGCUGGUGGUAUUGGAAUUACACCGUUACUGUCUAUUUUGAGAACCAUCAUGCAUCGUAAUCAACAUGCAUUAACUGGUGAUCGCAAGCAAGUUGGGCUGGUUUGGGUUACACGCAAUCCAGAUCAUUUUAACUGGUUUACCGCGGAGCUGACCAAGGCAGUUUCAUGUGGUAUUCAAGUUCAUUUACAUGCAACAUGCACGUAUCAAGAACUCACACAAAAAACAAGAAGCUUACCAGCUUCUGUAGAAUAUUGUAAACCAGAUAUUUUGAGCCUUAUGCAAGGACUGCAACAUAGGCCCAACCACAACGUAUCAGUUGCAGUGUGUGGACCACAGUCUCUUGUUCUGUCAGUAGAACAGGCAGCACGUAGAGCCACCAGUUCCGAUGGCAUGUUUGUUGUGUUUUCAGAGACCUUUUCUCUGUAG